AAGAGAGCAAGCCGUGAGGCAGCGAGGCAGCGGGGCGAGCGGAUUGGUAUCUUUGUGACAGCUUUUCCGCUUGGCAGGCUGUGUGCGAGCCGGGGAACUGGACUGGACUGUGGUGUUUCGCGGAGGAGGUGGGAGAGGAUUUGGAGGAGCAGGGGGGAGAACUGGGAGGCAAGCUGGACAGAUGGAGGACGGCACGCAGCACCUGGGACACUGCAUGGUUGACAUGAAGGAACUGAGCGCCAACCCUGAAGGACUGACUGCUGCUGGUGUUAUUCUAACACCCAAGCUGCCUCGAGUGGAGUUCAGCCUCGCCUGUAAUGAUCUGGUGGCCUCAGGCAGAGACAGGAAGCCCAAUGCUUUGGUCCAGGUGGCUGUCAUAGAUCCUCACACGCAGCACCUCGUCACUCAGGCCUGCACAGAGAUAGUGGAGGCGAACAAAGACCCACUAUUUCUGACAGGGGUGACCUUCCCGUCAGAGUAUCCUGCUAGCCCAGAGACACUAGUCAAGCUAACUGUGUAUGAUGCAAAGGACAAGAGCCAGGAAUCAAGCAACUUCCUGGGUAGUGCCACAUUUUCAGUAGGUGAUCUGCUGAGGGCUAAAGAUGAACGACUGACCUUGAGUCUUAGGUCAUCUGAUGGUGUGUGCGCAGCAGGAGCAGUGGUGGUGAGUCGUCUGAAGAUGGGGGAGAUGGAGGAGGUCGAUGUAGACCACAUCACCGCUGACAUUCCAUCACAGAAGUGUCCCUUGGUUUGUGAGUCUGCGUCCCAUAGCUGCGUUGACAGAGAAAAUAACCCACUGACAGGGCCAGUGUUCAAGAACCCGGUAUGCAAGGUGUACAGAUUUCAAACGGUGGACAGCAAGUGGAUGCUUGUGCGAGAACAAAUGGAGGAGUGCACAUUGUCCUUUAGCAUCCCCAAACAGCUGCUCUCACUGUACAUUCAAGAGGACAUGAAUAGGGUGCAGGAUCUGAGGGAGCUGGGGGAGCUUUCUCCUCACUGGGACAACUUGAGGAAGGAGGUGAUGACGAGAUAUGGAGGAACCAUCUCCUCCUACCAGGAGACUUUGGCUGACCUGGACAAGAUUACUGGUCGGUCAUUCAAGCCAAGCUGCUGCAAAGCCCAGAAAUCCCUGGAGUUCAUCCCAAUCAACUUGCACACCCAGAGGAUGAGGGUGACGUGCCCCAUAAAAACAGAUGCAUUCUAUGACAUUGUCACCGUCGGUGCCCCUGCCGCCCACUUCCAGGGCUUCAAGUUUGGAGGUCUGCAGCGUCUCCUCAGCAGAUACGAAGCAGAGAAAAAGAGCUUCAGCACUGCCUACCAGUGUAUCUACUACUCACCAGAGCACACAGCCAAAGCUCAGGAGGUACUCAGCACCAUGAGCCUCCUCCAGCCCCUCAUCACGAGCUUAGCAGACCAGCUCCUCCAGGCCGCCCAGGAGCACUCUUCAACUGGACUAAAGAAUGUACUCAAGAACCUUUCUGACAAGACAGAACUGUUUGUUCACACACUUAAGGAUGAAUUGGUCAAGAGUGCACUGCUGGCACUGCAUGCAGCGCAGCCCGGGUACGUUUCCAAGAACCAGAAGCAAACCCCAGCGCAGGCGGGCCAACACCAAGGCCACAUCCACCAGUGCAGUGACCAGAAUCAGAGCCCCGUCCAGGGGCUUCCAGGCCACAGUCCAGCCCCGUCAGUCACCGAGAGCACGGUGAUGUGUAAUAAUGUGGACGGAUCACAAACCACAACGAAAGGAGAAGGUGGGACCUUGCCUCUGAAGCACCAAGACUCCAUACCGCACCAUAAAGAGUAUGACGAGGAGGAGUGGGACAGGGUGUGGGCCAACGUGGCCAAAUGUCUCAACUGUGUAAUCGCCAUGGUGGAUAAACUCCAGGAGGAGGACAACACCAGACAGGAGCCAAUCCCCGACCAGCAGCUCGCUGAUGUCAUCACCUCACACAACCCUGGUGCCUGGAGGGAGCAGCUGUGUCCUCUGGUGACCAGGUUAAAGGACUGCGUGAUGGAGGUGGCGGAGAAGGCCAGGAAAGCCAUGACCUUUGUCCUCCUGCAGGAAGCAGCCUGCAGCAUACCACAGGGCUUCCUCCUCCAACAGAGGCGAGAUGUGGUCUUCAGUCAGGCAAUGGCAGCCUUAGUCUGUGGUUUCGUCAUGAGGCUGUAUGCAGGAAUAGAGGACAAAGGAUUCCUGAGGCAGCUCCACCUGGUUGGACUAGUAGCCCAGUUUGAGAGCCUGCUCAGCACCUACAGUGAAGAGAUUGGGAUGCUGGAAGACAUGGAGGUUGGAAUCUCAGACCUGCAAAGAGUUGUGUUCAAGAUCACAGAGGCCAAGACAGACGAACUCAGUGACCUCCAGCCUUUAGUGUGUGGCCGACGAGACCACUUCACUGUGGAAGUGCCAUUACCAAGACUGGUUUUCCAGACUUUGCCGGGGGAGAUCAAGGAGGGCAAACCUCUACAAGUAUUCCCGGUGCUGUUUAAUGUGGGCAUCAAUGAACAGCAGACUAUAGCAGAGAGGUUUGGAGACAUCUCCCUACAAGAAAGAAUAAACCAGAGGAACUUUGAGAUUUUAGAGGCCUAUUUCAAAUCAUUAAGUGAAAAGGUGCCACUAGAAUGUCUACCGUGCUUUCAAACACAGACUGACAUAAAGGAAUUACUUGAAACCCUGGGCCAGAAUGUAGUCACAAAGAAGAGGAAGAAUGUGGAGAUACUAUGGAUUGCUGGAACAAUCUGCCGGAGGUUAAAUGGUAUCAGGUUCACAAGCUGUAAAAGUGCCAAAGACCGGACAUCCAUGUCUGUCACGUUGGAGCAGUGUGCCCUCCUACGUGACGAACACCAGCUCAGCAAGGAUUUCUUCAUCCGUGCUCUGGAUUGUAUGCGGAGAGAAGGAUGUCGUAUUGAGAAUGUUCAAAAGAACAUUAGAUGCAGGAAGUAUGCCUUCAACAUGUUGCAGCUGAUGGCCUUUCCCAAGUGCUACCGACCACCAGAGGGGACCUACGGCAAAGUUGACUCCUGAACGUGUGCUCUGUCCUGCAAAGCUGCUCAUCCCGUGUUCUCCAAGUACUGGACGGGAGAAAGUCAAAUAUCAUUUGUUACUAAAAUAACACGCGGAGUUGUUUGUUUGGUCCUUGGUUGCCCCGGGGAUGAAUGUUUUUUUUCCAUCUCUUACUCAGUUUGGCAAAAUACAAAACGAUACAGUAUGUGUUUCUUGCAGAAUUAAUGCACUUACUUUUUCUGUCCUCCUCUCGUUGUUUGUACGUCUGUACAGUGUGUUAAUGAUCAUUUGCAUGAAGACUUUAUCUUCUGCAGACCUUUGAGUUGAGUAUACUCGGUCACACGAGGUCAAGACUGAACUUCCAUGAGCAAACUGUUAAUGGCCUUAAUCCAUGUUUGGAUCUACUGAACAGAUUCCAAACUCAAAGUGUCCUCCUCGUGCAGUUCUCCAGCAAAGGAUCUGUACAUUUGCAUAGUUUCACAUAUUCAGGUCCAAACUUUCCAUGCACUGUUUUUUGACAUAUUCUCAUUAUGUUCGACCCCACCGUCGCCUGGGGAUUCAAUUAACAUACACAGUAUUUCUAAGCAGAUGCUGAAUCCCGUUGCCUUUUGAGUAACCGUCACAUUCUCUUACUAGUUGCACUUGAGUUUUCUCCAUAAUAUUUGUAUAUCUCACGGUACGUCUCAGUGAAGCCACGUGAAGUACAGCGAGACGUUAGAAUAGGACGAGGUUAAAGGACCAUCAUUUCUGUUUAAUAUAAAACAAAUUCCAUUAUUUAUUUUUGUAUUUUAGAAUGACUUUGUAUUCGAAGGGUAUCUAACGCAUGUUAAGGCUGUAUUUGUUUUCUUACACACAGGACAUUUGCCUAUUUAUAAUUAAAUAAAGGAAUAGUUUGAUGUGGA